ACCAAAUAUCCACCUAUAAAAACACACGACACUAUUCGAAUGGCAUCCAGUCCGAUUCCCGACUUCAACCACCGUUCAAGAGGCAUUAUGAAAACGUUCUGCUUAGUUUUCCUGCUGGUAGCAGCAGUUGCUGCCAGCGAAAAGAAGUCAGAGCAAAAGGCCGAGCCUUUGGAGAAGAAGUUAGACAAACGUGGGCUUCUCAAUCUUGGAUAUGGAUAUGGCAUCAACGGCCUUGACGUCGGAUACAUUGGAAACGCCGGCGCUAUCGGUGGAGCAUACAACGUCAUCGACAGCGGAGUCCUCGGUGCUUCCAGCUACGGCACCAUCCCCCUGGGUGAACGCACCGACGUCACCAGGACAGUUACCCUAGUCAAGGGCGUACCAGUCGCCGUGCCCGUUGAGAGACACGUACCCUACCCCGUGGAGAGACCCGUACCUUACCCCGUAAAGGUCCCAGUACCCCAGCCCUACGAGGUUAUCAAACACGUGCCAGUGACCGUGAGGGAGUACGUUAAGGUCCCCGUACACGUACCAGCUCCCUACCCGGUUGAAAGGAAAGUACCUGUCCCAGUCCAAGUGCCCGUUGACAGGCCCUACCCCGUCCAUGUGCCAGUUCCUCAGCCCUACCCAGUUGAGAAGCACGUCCCUUACCCAGUUAAGGUCCCCGUGCCACAGCCCUACCCCGUGGAGAAACACGUGCCAUACCCAGUAGAAGUUAAGGUGCCUGUACCCCAGCCUUACCCCGUCGUCAAGCACGUUGGCGUCCCCGUCAAGGUCCCAGUCGACAGGCCCGUCCCAGUGCAUGUGCCUGCCCCCUACCCAGUCGAGAAACCAGUGCCAUACCCCGUGCACGUUGAAAGGCCCGUGGCCGUCCCUGUCUCCGUCCCUGUCGACAGGCCCUACGCCGUCCCUGUUGAGAAGCCCGUCGCUGUCCCAGUGAAGGUGCCCGUCCCAGAGCCAUACCCUGUCUACAAGACUGUCCCAUACGCGGUCGAGAGGCCCGUCGCCGUACCAGUCAAAGUACCCGUCGACAGGCCCGUACCUAUUGCGGUCGACAGACCCUACGCCGUUCCCGUCGAAAGGCCUGUCGCUGUCCCAGUGAAGGUCCCAGUCGUGGUAGGACACGAAUAUCAAAGCCAAUACAGCCUUGGAGGCAACUACUACAGCCAUUAGGAUAGAAUAGUUUAGUAUGAGUGUUCUUCUUCCAACAAAGAGAGUAACCUUCGAAUCUCGCCAAGCACAUGGCCGGGACGCAAGCAACAAAAGUUUUCUAUAUUUAUAUAAAAAUUUCAUGUCAUGCAUGUAUGGACAUAUGUACAUGUGUGUACGUAGUGAUAUAAAAGGUUACCAAUUCCUUAGGCUAAGUCGACUGUAAAAAUAAUUAAAGACAUGAAAAAUAAAUAAAAAAUAAAAAUCUGAA